AUGAGCCCACGAACUCGACGACAGGCCGUAAAGGCCCAAAACACUUCUUCCUCCGAUUCUGAGCCUGAAGUCAGAUCAAACGGCAACGGUGUUGCUCACGGUGCCGCGGAUGCUUCGGACAGUGCCCCUCGCGAGAACAUCUUCCUCUUCUACCCCAACCUCAUCGGCUACGCGCGCAUUGUCCUUGCCAUCGCGUCCCUUUACUACAUGCCCCUCCAUCCUCGAACCUGUUCGUUCCUCUACAGUAUUUCAUGCCUUCUCGAUGCCCUCGAUGGCUAUGCUGCGCGAAUCUACGAGCAAUCCACUCGCUUUGGCGCUGUUCUUGACAUGGUCACCGAUCGCUGCACCACAGCUUGUCUCAUCGUCUUCCUCUCCUCAGCCUUCCCUCGAUGGGCCAUCGUUUUCCAGGGCUUGAUUGCUCUCGAUCUUGCCAGUCACUACAUGCACAUGUAUGCUACUCUUGUUGUCUCAGGCACCAAUGCCAGCCACAAGAGCAUCGAUGAGAGCAAGAACUGGCUCCUGCGUCUUUACUACACCAACAAGAACGUUCUCUUCGCUCUUUGCGCUCUCAACGAGCUUUUCUUUAUCGCUCUCUACCUCCUCUGCUUCUCAUCUCCUCUUGUCUCGCCCUACCUUAUCAAGCCUGUCCAGGCAGUUGGUGCCGAGCUCCAGGCCGGUGCUCAGGUCAACACCUCGAUCCUCGCUCAGAUCUUCCCCGAUCCUUUCAGCCCUGCGGCUCUCGAGCUCGCUCGUGCUAACAAGAUGGACUCUACCGUGCCUUGGGUGAUUGCCGGCAUUAGCUUCCCUUUUAUGUUCUUGAAGCAGUUCAUCAACUGCGUUCAGCUCUACAAUGCCAGCCUGGGCCUUGCUGAGGUCGAUCUUCAGACUCGAAAGGAGCAGGGUCUCCCCCGCCCCAAGCCCAAGAAGGUUUAG